CCAGCCGCCCCCGGGGCCGCCGGCGGCCCAUGAGCCCCGGCCUCAAAGUUUGCGGCGGGCGGGCGGGCGCGGAGCCUCCAAGAUGCCGUUCCACCCGGUGACGGCGGCGUUGAUGUACCGGGGCAUCUACACCGUGCCCAACCUGCUGUCGGAGCAGCGCCCGGUGGAUAUCCCUGAGGACGAGCUAGAGGAGAUCCGAGAGGCCUUCAAGGUAUUCGACCGCGAUGGCAACGGCUUCAUCUCUAAGCAGGAGCUGGGGACGGCCAUGCGCUCCCUGGGCUACAUGCCCAACGAGGUGGAGCUGGAGGUUAUCAUCCAGCGGCUAGACAUGGAUGGUGACGGCCAAGUCGACUUUGAGGAAUUUGUAACACUCCUGGGACCCAAGCUCUCCACCUCGGGGGUCCCAGAGAAGUUCCACGGCACCGACUUUGACACAGUCUUCUGGAAGUGUGACAUGCAGAAGCUGACAGUGGACGAGCUGAAGCGACUUCUCUAUGACACCUUCUGCGAGCACUUGUCCAUGAAGGACAUAGAGAACAUCAUCAUGACGGAAGAGGAGAGCCACCUGGGCACGGCGGAGGAGUGUCCCGUGGACGUGGAGACCUGUUCCAACCAGCAGAUCCGCCAGACGUGCGUGCGCAAGAGCCUGAUCUGCGCCUUCGCCAUCGCCUUCAUCAUCAGUGUGAUGCUCAUCGCGGCCAACCAGGUGCUGCGCAGCGGCAUGAAAUAGGCUCCGCCCACUGCACACCCACCGCUGCCUGCAGCCCGCCCCUAGCUUGCUCCCUGGGCCACCACCCCUGGGCACUUCGAGCCUGGACACGGACCACCCCAAUCCUCACCCCAUAGGCCUUGCAUGGCUCCACAGCCCAGCUGUGGAGGACCUGGUGGUGGCUCUGAGGACAGUCCUAGCCCCUGUCCCCUGCCUGUGCCCUCACCUGGCCUGUGUGUAGCGUUCACUUCCCACCACUCAGGAGCUCCUGGAAAAGGAGGGACUUGCACAGGAGCCCCCAGGAUCCAGUCAGUGCUGUGAUCGUUUAGCCAGGCAAGAAACUCGUGUCCAGAACAGUGGGCAGGGUGGGGGUGGGCACAGGGCUGAGGCUCCUGGGUCUCUGACACUCCUUAGACCCAAAGCCAGUCCUCCGUGUACCUUCCGGGGCCUGCGUCCGCCCAUUUCACAGGUGAGAAGCCUGACGCUUUAAGGGCCUGAGAUCUGGCUUCAGAUUCUUCUUCCAUGGGGCUUUUCAGGAAAGGCAGAUGCUCAUGCAUGAGAGACAGCCCCAAGGCCCAUCAAUUUCUGAGCCAUCUACCAAAGGCUUAGAGACCGAGGGUCAAAUUGUCUCCUAGCAUAGAACCUAGAAGUCCAAGUGAGGAAGGAAGCAGAGAUCCUGUAGCCCGUGUGCCUCCCCACUGGCCAGGGUGUAACCUUGGAAGGUCCUGAGUCCCCUGAGGGCCUGCCACAGCCCUGCACUGUCAGUGGCCACAGACCACUCUUCAAGUCCAGGGCCUGUCCUCCUGGGGCCCCACCUCUCUGUACCCUCAAGCCUGUCCUCCUGGGGCCCCACCUCUCUGUACCCUCAAGCCUGUCCUCUUGGGGCCCCACCUCUCUGCACCCUCGAGGCCGGAGAUCCGGCUCUCCUGCUUGCUCCACCUGUGUCACGCCAUUUCUUGGCACCUGCUGAGCCUGGGCAGAUGCAAGCCUUCAGCUCUUCAGGGGCCGAGACGGUUGGCAGUCCUCGGCUCCCUUCUUCAGCCUGGGGCCACUUACUAGCUGGGUCGCCGCCACACUGGCAUACGCUGUGCCCAGCCUGGCUGAGGCUCUACUGAUCCCUAAGCACCCUGGAGGGGACACUCAUUCCAGCCCACCUGUCCCCUGAUGGAGGCGGGAGGACAGAGCCGCCAGCAUGAGCGCCAGCAAGAGACAGGCCAGCCAUCGAGGACAGACUUUCUUUAU